GGCCCAGCUGUAGCCCAGGUCUAGACAAAAUAGUCAAUCGUGUGAGAAGUCUUCAAUACGCGCGUCGCACAAUAAACAUUGCAAAUACCGUACAAAACAUCUCUCCGCAUCCCGCGCUUAUAAUUACUUUUAUGGCGCAUCAGCAGCAACAAAGACGACGCCCCCCCACAGCCAUCAAAAGCCAUCAGCAGGAAAGCCGCAGCUACUAUAUUAGCAGCUUACACUGGCACACAUCAUUGCGUUUAAACAAAUAUUUUUCCACCAUUUUGCACCGUCUUGGGCUAAAGCUCUCCAUUGAUUUAUUGAACCAAGCAGAGGAAGUACCGCAAGACAUUGCCAGCUGUUGUGAGAGAGAGAGAGAGAGAGAGAGAGAGGAAAGUGAAUUUUUUGCCGGUCAACGUCCUACGGUGAGGUGAAGGUGAGCGAAAGGACAUUGCGCCUACAUACCGGCUUCCCUCCCACGCACAGAAACACGAACACUCUCACACACGCUCGGUGGUCUACAGUGCUUUCGACCACAUUGGGGCAACAACAAAGUUUUUAAAGAUAAGCGAAGACCGGUAAACACCCACAACAGCGUAAUCGGACUACGCGCCCCCCGCAACCGACAACCAGUAAACACUCACCCCCCCCCCCCCCCCCCCCCCCCCCCCCCCCCCCCCCCCGCGAAGCAACAACACACACGAUAUGCGCCUGUUCCCGGUACGCCUCUCGGCCGCCUCGUCCUCGAUGGCGAGCCUGAUCAAAAUGCUCGACUUCUACUCGGACUUCAACCCAUCGCCGCUAUCCAUCAAACAGUUUAUGGACUUUGGUCAAAAUGCCUGCGAGAAAAAGUCGUACAUAUUUCUGCGAAAGGAGCUGCCGGUGCGAUUGGCCAACAUCAUGAAGGAGAUUGCCCUGCUGCCGGACAAUCUGCUGCACACCAGAUCCGUCAGCGAGGUGAGCUCUUGGUACGUGAAGAGCUUCGAGGAGGUGCUGGAGUACGAGAAGGCCGAUCCCACACACGACAAUUUGCACAAGUUUGUGCAUCAUCUGGAUCUCAUUAGGAAUCGGCACAACGACGUGGUGCAGACGAUGGCCCAGGGCGUCAUUGAAAUGAAGGAGAACGAGGGCGGCACGGUAGAUGCGCCCACCGAGAGCUCCAUACAGUACUUUCUAGAUCGGCUGUACAUGUCGCGCAUCAGCAUCCGGAUGCUGAUCAAUCAGCACACUCUGCUCUUUGGAGCGAAUCCCCACUCGGGUGGUCGGCACAUCGGCUGCCUGGACCCAGACUGUGACCUGUCGGACGUGGUGCGCGAUGCGUAUGAGAACGCCCGCUUCCUCUGUGAUCAAUAUUAUCUGACGAGCCCAGCGUUGGAAAUCCAGGAGUAUUGCCGCGAGCCAGAGGGCAACCUGCCCAUCCGCACUGUCUACGUGCCCUCGCAUUUGUAUUACAUGCUCUUCGAACUCUUCAAGAACUCCAUGAGAGCUGUGGUGGAGCACCACAAUAAUGACAACUGCGACACCCUGCCGCCCCUCAAGGUGGCCAUCUGCCGCGGCCAGGAAGACAUCUGCGUGAAGAUCUCCGAUCAGGGUGGCGGCAUUCCCCGCUCCCAAACUGACCAGCUUUUCAAGUACAUGUACAGCACGGCUCCGCAGCCAUCCAAGUCGGAUCUGCACACGGUUCCUUUGGCCGGCUAUGGGUACGGUCUGCCUAUAUCACGGCUCUACGCUCGCUACUUCCAUGGCGACAUAGUGCUGCUCUCGUGCGAGGGCUUCGGCACGGAUGCCAUAAUCUACCUAAAGGCUCUGUCCGAUGAGGCCAACGAGCUGCUGCCCAUCUUCAACAAGACGAGCUCCAAGUUCUAUCGCGCCACGGUGCCUACGGGCGACUGGUCUAAUCAGCUCUCUAAUGAUUUAUUUCUUUUAGAACUUUUCCAAUCGGUGGCGGUAUAUAUAUGGUUUCUUAAAAAAUCUAUAAGACUGCUUGGAAUCAAACCACAACCGAACUAUAUGGCCGGUUUUGUUUCAUUUAGAACACCCUACUGCCUGCCCUUAGGAUCAAUAUUCGUUGGCCUUAUGAAACUCUCUGAUUUUCUAGAGCUCCGAUAUGAAUGCCCGACAGCUGUCGGCCACCACACCGAAACGCUACAACGACUUGGUUCAGGAUACCUAAGACCGAUUCCACGCACGCAACUGCUAACUGCUACUCAGGUUAAGGACUUACAUAUGACGAUUCAGGAACAACAGCAACAGAUGGAUAUACAAGGACACACAUCACUAGCUCUAGGCAAAGACAUUCCCAAACAGCAGCAACGUUAGUGAACUAAGUUUUCGUGUUGUUAUUGAAAAUGAAAAACGAUGUUAAAAAUACAUAAUGCUAAUUGUUAAAGAUCAA